AACGUAAAAGGUGUUGUUUUUUUUUUUUACCGAGGCAGCUGCCUCGGUUGCCUCAAUGGAAGCUACGCCACUGGUUCUUUGACAUGCCAACGCCUGCCGUGACACGGAAACUCCGUUUUUAAGGGCAUAUCCGAAUUUAUGUUAUUUUAACCUCUAAUGUCGGGCGCUUGUCACAAGACCAGUCACUAAUAUCUAAUGUCAAACUUCUUAAAUUUGACGCGUAAACCGAACUCGUGUCUCUCUAAAUUAUCAUAUAGCCAAUCCGCACAGAAACACUGAAUAAAACGAUUGGAGCAUCCCCGUCUUUCCUUUCCAUGUGAGUAAAUCGCGUAUUGAAUUUCAAGAGAUUAAGAUUUAGAUAUUAUGUUUUUCUUUUCAGUCCAGGAGAUAGAUAUUUGAUGGAAUGAUAGGGAAAUUCAUCCAUUUCUUCGUCAUGCAAUAUAGAUCCCCCCUCUCUGAUUGGCACUGGUGACGUCAUACAGUAUUUGGCUCCGAUGUCUGUCAUGAAGGUUAUAUCGCUGAUGGUGAUCCCGUUUUUUCCCUUCCCCCUCUUGCCGGGAACAUAACUUUCCUACGGGAGGAUUCUCCCCUCGGCACGGUUGUUUUUACUGUUUCGGCCAAUGACACGGAAUUUUACGAACUGAAUACAGCGUUUCCAGAGUUCGGACUCAAUGGAAAUCAGAUAGUUGUCACCGGAUCUCUGGAUUACGAGACAACAAAAGAAUACGUCCUAAAUGUCAGCGCCUUUGAAUGUGUAUAUGCGGAACCAGUUAUAAGUGGGGACAUCAUCAUCAACAUUCUCCCCGCUAAUGAAUACGCACCUCGGUUCCUACCGGAUGUCAUCUUUACAACUUUGGUCGAAAACGCAAAACAGGACCAGGAAGUCGCCAACUUGACAUGCGCAGAUCAGGAUCAAGGUCCAAGUCCCGGAUGCUCAAUUUCUAUUCAAGACCCUACUCCAAAGUUUAAACACUUCUCGAACAGAAUUCUGACCACCAAUUCUCCGAUAGAUUAUGAAAUGUUGGCUGGUCAAGAUUUCCUGUAUACGUUAACAGUGGUCACUGUUGAUCAACCUCAAACUGAUUCACCUAAAACGGGAUCCGCCACUGUAUUUGUGACAGUCCUACCACAAAAUGACAAUACACCUGUCUUUACAUCUUCUAGUUAUUAUGUACAGGUAGAUGAGGACAUCAUUCCGGGAAGACAGGUACUGAAUGUCUCUGCAGUAGACCAAGAUCUCGGACCAGAUGGAGAGUUAACUUAUAACAUUACAGCUGGUAAUAUUGAUAACAAAUUCUACAUAGACCCAUAUUCAGGACUGAUAUCAUCGCGUGCUCCACUUGACUUUGAAUCUGUGACGUCAUACCAGUUAUCAAUCCAAGUUACCGAUGGAGGGGGGCUGUCUCAAAACGUCACAGUGGAUAUUAACGUCACAAAUGUUAAUGACAAUAUACCAGAAUGCUCAGCCAAUGAGAAUGUCGUAGAGAUUGAUGGGAACACAACGACUGGGACUACAGUGAUGACCUUGAACUGCAGUGAUGGAGACGCUGGAACUAUCGUUUCUUACCAAUUACAGGACGACGGGGACGGAACAUUUGCGAUCAAUCCAGCAGGGGAGAUCACUCUAACAAAAGGUUUGGACUAUGACCUUGGUAGAAGGUCAUAUCGCUUGACCGCCCUCGUAUCAGACAGUCUCUACAAUUUGCUCGUCGACAGACAAGUUCUGGUAAAGUCAGUCAACCAAUACCCGCCUGUCCUUCCUCCUAGUGCCACCGUCAGCGUAUCUGAAAACGAGGCUACUAAUUAUGUGCUGUACACCGCCAUUGCAACAGAUGCUGAUACCGUUCUUAAGAAUCUGACGUCACUCUCAUAUUUCAUCUCCACAGUUUCGAAUAACGGAGACAACCUAUUUUGGAUUGAUAAGAAUACUGGGGACAUUGUGUUGGUGAACAGUCUCGAUUUUGAGAAAAGUCGGAGUUAUCUAAUAACAUAUUUUGCUGAGGAUGACGGUAAAUCAAGGACCACCAGCACGGUGACAGUGUCGGUCGUGAACGUCAACGACAACAGCCCGCGUUGUGACCCCGACGUUAUCACUGCACUGAUUCCGGAAAAUACAGAUAUAACCGUACCUACCGCGUAUGGAUUAAACUGUUUUGACGCUGACGGUGAUCCUCUGCAAUAUGACGUCAUUCAACAACAACCAAAUGACGCAAUCUUUGAUAUCGAUUCCUCGGGAAAACUUUUACUGAACAAAUCUUUGGAUUUCGAAGCAAGGACCUACUAUGACAUCAGAAUUGAAGUUACCGAUGGUCAGUUUACUGCCGCAGUGUCCGUGGCGGUAAACAUUCUGGAUGUGAACGAAGGUGCCCCGGUGUUUACCAGUUCAGGUAUCUAUAACAGCACUCUUCCUGAAACAUCCCGUAAAGGACAUUUUGUCACACGAGUGUCAGCCGAUGAUGUCGACCUCACCACGAUUUCCUAUGAAUUCAAAUACAAAUACAGCGAGUUUAUCAUUGACCUCUAUAGCGGACACAUCUUCCUGAAGGAACAGCUGGACAGGGAAGUGAAUUCCUUACAUACGCUGUUAGUCCUGGCUUCUGAUGGAUCACUCACGUCUACCGCGACAGUUUAUGUCAACGUGGAGGACAUUAACGAAGCAGUCACGUUCGUUCAAUCUGCUUACACGUUCACAAGUGAUGAGGGAGCUCCUGUAUCUACGCCUGUUGGACAAGUGUCAGGUGUGGACAUUGACAAAGAAGGAGAGUAUGGAGAAAUCAGAUACGCCAUAGAAUCCGGAAACAUUCACUCUCACUUCGCCAUUGACCCUACUGACGGAACGCUGACCAUAGCGGACCCCACUGACCACGAAGAAAUAUCAAAGUUUGAACUAAUAGUGUCCGUCACUGACAUGGCGAACCCUCCAUUAUCGGAUAGAUGUCACGUGGCCAUUACAAUCCUGGAUAUAAACGACAGUCCUCCGAUCUUCCCGGCCGCCAUACUAUCGGUAUCUGUGUCAGAGUCAACCGCCAUAGGGACAGUGAUCACACAGAUAUCAGCGACAGAUGCUGACUCCGUUACAAACAAUAAUAACAGGUUCUCGUUCAGUACCACAUCCGUCACGCCAUUCAAAGUGCACGCAUCUACCGGUAUUGUCACGGUAGUCGAGGCGCUUGAUCGAGAGACAGACAACAGAUACGAAAUUGAAAUCCUAGCAAUAGAUGAAGGAAGUCCACCCCAAACAGGAACGGUAACUCUCGAGGUCCAUAUUGAUGACAUCAAUGACAAUAUCCCUCAGAUAACAGGUUCAUAUGAUACAACGAUAGCAGAAAACUCUCCCAUACAAUCUGUCGUGUUUCAAAUUUCUGCCGAGGAUAAAGAUCUCUCCAAUUUGUUUCACUACUCUAUAGAAUCCGGGAAUCACGAUUCUCACUUCAAGAUAGAACCAUACAGUGGUUAUAUUCAGGUGGCAUCGGGUCUUGACCGCGAGACAAGGUCCGUGUAUUAUCUAGUUGUACAGGUAUCGGAUGACAAACUGACACCCAAAUAUUCCACAGCUACUGCUACGGUCUCGAUAUCGGAUAUCAAUGAUGGCAUUCCCAUUUUUAAGCCGGGGUCUCGAAAGUUCUCCGUGGAUGAAAAUGUCCCGUUUCAUACAAUUAUCGGUCGUCUGCAGGCAGAGGAUAGUGACGAAGGAAUUAAUGCGAAGUUGACAUUCAAAGUUUCCAGUUUCUUAAUAGGAUCAGCGGAGAGUUUUCUUAUCGAUGAGGUAUCCGGCGAACUCUUUACGAACAUGUCGCUAGAUCGUGAAACAGAAUCUUUCUAUCAGCUGACGAUUUCUGUACAAGACGGUGGGAAUCCUGCACUGUCAUCAGAAGUGACUGUGGAAAUAACGGUUAACGACUUAAACGAUAAUCACCCGGUAUUUCAUAAUAGCUUCUAUUCUAAAACGAUCUCAGAAGCUACUUCUACUGGAACGAAAAUUGUAACAACGGCUGCUACAGAUGUGGAUUUGGGAUUUUAUUCCGAGAUAACGUAUGAACUUGAUUUGACCUCCCGUGAAGGACUGCUGGCCGACUUUUAUUUCACAAUAGAUGCCAUAUUUGGUGACGUCAUUCUUAAACGUUCGCUUGACUUCGAGGCUCAAGAGGUUCUGUCUAUGGUCGUCAUCGCAAAAGAUGGCGACGUUAUUCCCAAGACAGCCACAACGAAUGUCACGAUAUACAUCACUGAUGUCAAUGACAAUCGACCUGAAUUUCUUCCCAUGUUUUAUAAUACAGAGGCCCCACUUGCUGAAGUUUGUGACUUUGUUAUUGCGCGACUAAGCGCUACAGACCAAGAUCAAACAAACAACGCGGAGUUAUUCUAUGUAAUGGACCCUGCAUUUGAACAGUCACCUUUCAUAGUGGAUUUCGAAACAGGCGUCUUUCGGGCUAGAUAUGACCUUAACGAUUCUCAAUACGUCAUCAACGUUCAAGCCAAAGAUAAUGGUGAGCCAAGGCUGACGUCAUCAGUUAGUGCUAAAGUUAGGAUAGAUACAUUUCAAGCGGAACUGAACGUCUUUUCUUUUACUUUAUCCCUGACUAAGGAUAACUACCUCAGGCAAGAGACUGAUUUUCUGUCAGAGGUUAAAGCCGCCAUCAGCCUCAAACAUCCCUCUACCUACGUCAGAAGAUGGUGCAUACAUGAGAGGGGCAGUUCAGUGAUUGUUCACUUGUAUGCUGUGGAGAAUGAUCUGAGUGAUUGGAUUUACAACCUCCAUCUCCCGAAACCCUUUCUCGAGACCACAGAAGUCCUGGAGUUACUUAAACCAGACGGAAUAAAUAACGAUGUCAGGAACAAAUUUUAUAUCGUGGAUAUAGACGGAUACUUUCUCCCACCAAAACAGACUAAUGAACCAGAAGUAGCACCCAUCAGCGACACGACUGCAGACAAAGUCGUUCCAUUGGCAGUUUCUUUACCCAUUUUGUUUCUGGCAUUGAUUGCAGCGAUAGUUUUAAUAGUUUUAGCUUGGAAACGGAAAUGGUGUAAGAAAAAAGAACCAAAAGAAAAAACAAACGAGAAGGACUCCGAGAGGGUAGCUUCAAGUCCAAAUACCCCUCGUGUGGUGUCGCCAUCUGGAGUCAAAAUAAAUCCUGAAAACGUUGGCACGAGAAAUGUAAUCGGUCCCUUCAUUGAUGUCCCAGGAAACGACAGUCCUGUUUUCGAUCAACGUCGUCCCAAUUCACUAAAAUUACCAACAUCAAACUCCACUCCUUCCAUGUUUGACAAACGUGGAAUGGAUCCAGUGACUGGCUGGUUUUAUGUGGAAAAUUCCCAAACCAAGGAACGGAAAUGGAUUAAAUUUCCGGAUAAAGACCCACUCUUUCAAGAUAUUCCGUCCACCGGAUCCUAACUCCAUAUACUCGCUACUGUUAGCAUGACAAGCUGCUUUCACAAAGCAUUGCUCUACAUGUUGGGAAACUGUUCAAUGGACAAUAAAUCUACCGUAUCAUACCCCUGCAAUCGAAGUUUAGGGGAUAUAUUGGAAUCGCCUUGUCCGUCUGUUCUUCCGUCUGUAGACAUGAUUUAUCCAGAGUAUAUCCUUAAUACCAAUAGGUAGACUUGAUUAAAUAUGCGUAUAUAUUAAAUGAAUUAUAAGCUGUGCUCCUGUUAUAUUGAUAUAAAGUUUUUCAACAUUCAAGUUAUAUAUUUUUUCCAUUUUGAGAGAAGAUGUUGUGUUAUGUCGUCAUUGUCCAGAAUAUGUAUUGAAAACCAUUUAUUCUUCAAUGAGCAGAAAUUCACUAGUUCCCCAUUCAAUGUGUCCUAAGGGGGUAUUAGUCCCCUUAGGACAGUUCUAGUGUAGUACAGCUGAUAUCUUGAAAAAAAUGACAAGUACCUUUGCACAAGACAAUUGUUUUCUUAAACCAUUGUGUAGAUUGCUUUCAAUUAAUGAAACAUGUACAAUUAGUGAUGUACCGCAUGCUUGUUGAUCGUUAAUGAACUAUCAAUGAAAUGUGUUAUAUGCAUAUUAUCAUACAAUCUAUUUCCUGAAUUAGGUCUACACGAUUCAGUGAACAUUGCCACAUCCUUAAGCCAUCCGAUGCAAACGCUGUACAAUGUACUUGUAUGGGGAUCAGUUGACUGAAGUACUUCGUAGCUGACAUUUUCAUUAAAUGCUGAACGGCUCUACAAUAUAAACUAUAGAAGCACUGGACUCAUGUUCAGCAUGGACUGUGUUCCCUGGGGGAUCAAUGCAUGUGAAUGAACUGAUAUCUUUACACGUGUAGCGACACUUCGCCCAUGUUAACAUUUAAUGGCUGCUUCCCACAAGUAAAGCGCGCCAAUUUUGAAAAAAAAAUCAUAUUAAGAAUACAUGUAAAACUUAUACGGUACCAAUUUUGAUGCACCAGAUGCGCAUUUCGACAAAUUAUGUCUCUUCAUACAUUGUUAUGUUCUUUAUAAAUGUUUAUCUGAUGUUUGGAAAUUUAUGAUUCCUUGUUAUGACAGGAAUUCUUUUGUUUUGCCUGUUGUGACAUGGGUCCACGUUCUUUCACUUGCAACCCAGAACUUAAAUAAAUGAAAGACCGCCA